CCUUCCGAGCGACGCCAAUGGAUUCCCGGAGCGAAGCAGUCGGCAGUCGCACGUGAUGGGCCUGGCCGAGGAGGAGUAUGCGGCUGCUUCACGUAGCUUCUCCCGCGCCGUGUCCAUGGGGGAGACGCCGGAUUCCUCAUCUUGCCUCCCGCGGAAGCAUCCUUUCCCUUCCGCCUGGCACGCCCACCAGGCGUUCGACGUAAUGCCACGCCCGGCCGGGAGACCCAGCCCCCAUUUUAUAUCUUCCAAGUCCAGGACGGAGGGGGACUCCUGGUUUAUUGGUGAAAUAAUUGGCAGCACCCCCGAGCUUCAACCUUAGGGUUCAAUACCAGUGUGUCAGAACUAAUUUACCAAGUUUCCACUUGAAGCUUACUGGCACAUCCUGCAAGUGGAUAACAAAAACAGCUCCAUAUCAAAGAUGAGCUUCAGAUCUAUUGAGCAAUUACUUAGAAGGAACAGCAAGAUCAAAAUUUCUCAGAGUAUUGCCAAUGGUAUUCAUGACCAGAAAGAAGAGCAGUCUGUGCAAGCCUUGAGGGACUCACUUCGUGCGAGCAACCAGCUCCCAGAGAAGUUUGAUGACCACCAUGUCCUACUACGCUUUCUGAGAAUGCGAGGAUUCAACAUAAUAAAGGCAAAAGAGAUGUUCUUGAAUAUGCUGAAAUGGCGUGAGGAUUGUGCUGUUGAUACCAUUGCAAAGGAUUUUAAAUUUGAGGAAUUUGACGCAUUAAAACGAUGCUAUCCUCAUGGAUUUCAUGGAGUUGACAGAUUUGGAAGGCCACUAUACAUUGAACGGAUUGGGUCAGUGGAUCUCAGUAAGCUCAUGCAAGUGACAAGUAUUGAUCGAUAUAUAAAAUAUCAUAUAUCAGAACAGGAGAAAACUUUAUCUUUGAGAUAUCCUGCAUGUUCUCUUGCCACAAAGAAGCACAUAUCGUCUACAACAGCCAUAUUAGAUGUGAAAGGAUUGGGCAUGAACAAUUUUUCAAAAGCUGCACGAGAGAUGUUCAUUGAAAUUCAGAAGAUUGACAGCAAUUACUAUCCAGAGACAUUACAUCAACUUUACAUAAUCAACGCUGGUUCUGGAUUUAGAGCAUUGUGGAAAGUACUAAAAGCAUUUAUGGAGGCAAGAACUUUAAAAAAGAUUCAGGUUUUGGGGACCAAUUACCUUAGCACCGUACUAGAAGCUGUUGAGCCAAGCAAUUUACCUGAAUUUUUGGGUGGAACAUGUACUUGCUCUGCAACUGGAGGGUGCUUGCUCCAAGAUAAAGGACCUUGGACUGAUGCUGGGAUUAUCCGUGCUUCUAAGGAGCCUUCAGCAAGACAUGUAGAUUCCACGUGUGGUAGGAAACGUACUCUUGGCAUGUUGUUUUUAGAGGAUAAUCAGGUUGGUAAUCAGAUGAGUGAAAAUAUUCAUCAGAAACAAGCCAAUGGACAGGUCUCAGGGAAGAUACAAGAACUUGAAGACUGUGCUGCUCAGACCAAGGAGACCCUAGAGACACUAAUAUGUAAGCAGAAAGAACUUGCAACCCACAUUGAACAGUUGAGGGAACUCCUACGGGAUGAUGUCCUGGCAGAGAAGAAGACAAGUAGUCAAACCUUGAAGUGAGAAGGAAAAAUAAGUCAUCACUGCAUUGCAGUGAAGAAAUUGGCGGCAUAUAUAGAUGGUUUCGAAUAAUGAUUCUAUAACCGCCAUCAGCCUGUAGGAAUCCUACCAUGCAUGUCGACUUCAAAAUGCGGUUUUAUUUCUAGUGCACACGAUGUCUACUACUGCUCUACCUUGGUCCUUGCAAGAAAAGUGGCAUGUCAUGUUACUCAUGUAAUUUACCUUCCUUUAAUCAUCAUGAAUAAAGUUAUCGUCUCUUAUAUUA